GUACAAGAGAAGUCCGAUUAUUUUGAUUCUCAUGUGACAUCAUUUUGUUUGAUAUAUUCUACAUCUUUAGCACCAGCUGUCAAAAUAUUUUGCGGAGGCUAAAAGCCUACGGUUUUGUGUAUUAUCGCAUGUAAAUCGUGGUUUCUAAACAUUAUAAUCAGUAAUAACAAUAUACAAACGUGCCUAUUGUUUACUUUGGUGUCUUGUACAAAUGAUAAGUGCAACAUAAUGGGGUGUUUAUCGUGGAUCCGAGGGUUAAAAAUGCCGUUUCCUUUUAAAGAUAAGGAACUGAAUAAAAUUGCGGCGCUUUUCAAUGUUUCUACGUUUCUCCUGACAUGCGCUGCCCUAGUUCAGCCCAGUUGGUUCAGGAUCAAAGGAUUGCACUGUACACAGAGCUUGUCCUUAGCACAAUUUUUUUCCUUUGACAAUGAUGAUGAUGAUGAGGAACAGCUUACAAUAAGACAGAGUGAAUUUGAACCACUACAAAGUGUACAUGACUACAAUGGUUUACCUCCUUGCACAACGCCGGAGACAAUAACUCUAAUGAGGAUCCUUAUACUAUUAUGCUUUAUGGUGCUACUUUGUUCCUGUAUUGGGACCCUGAUUAACCUUACAAGCCUUAACAGCCGAGCUAUAAAGAUGUUAAGAAGGAAUGCUAUUCCGAGCAUAAUGUGUGUAUUUUGGGUCAUAGCUAUUGUCGGUGUGUGUUACUAUACUACUGUUGUACUGGGUAAUGCAAACAACAGUGACCCAAAUACCAUCCAAGUGGAUUAUGAAUAUGGAUUUUAUACAAUAACAGGAGCAGGUGCAUUGGCCUUGUUAGCAUCUGCUGCAAAUCUGUGGGGAGCUCCACUGUCAAGCGACGAGGAUGUUCAGAGACGGAACUUAAUGGAAGACUGGGAUGGAUAUGAGGCUCACAGCGUGGGCCCUACGCCUGCCGUGCCUACCCUGCCCCCGUACACGCCGAGCGCAGAGUACGUGCCCACCAUACACCCCGCCUACGCGCCACCAGUUCUCGGCUCACAACAAUACUUCCCCUUCGAUGACCUCUCAGUACUUCCACCUCCUCCUCCAUACACCCCUUGAGUCUCUAAAACUUAUCCAGUUUUCUUCUCAAAUCUCCCAAAUAUUGAUGUAUUUUUAGUUGUAAUCUACAGUAUUUAUUAUUUUAAUUAUUACAGCUUAAUAAGUCCAACGCUGAAGGCUAGAUAAUUAAGGCUUGUGAAUGAGACAUUUGACACAUCUUUGAUGAAAGUCAGAUAAGAAAGGAAGUAAUCUCAAGUUUUCUGUUAACACACAGUGAACAACUUGCGUUUUCUGCAGAUAAUGAA